GUCAGCAAUGAUGGAUGUCUGAUUUGUUCCAACCCCAUUUUCCUGAGAGAGGGAGAGAGAAACCCUAGAUUUGGUCUCCGUUACAUUGGGGUUCCUUCUCUGACCAAAGCGAUGGUGUUCUACUUCAAGGCCCGACCGGAAGCCGGCGAUUACACCAUCUUCAUGGGACUUGAUAAGUACGAGAACGAGGAACUCAUCAAGUAUGGCUUCCCUGAAGAUAUCUGGUUUCAUGUGGACAAGAUGUCAUCUGCUCAUGUUUACUUAAGGCUCCACAAAGGUCAGACUAUUGAUGACAUUAGUGAAGGAGUGGUGGAGGACUGUGCUCACCUUGUGAAAGCUAACUCCAUCCAAGGUAACAAGGUGAACAAUGUGGAUGUUGUCUACACUCCAUGGGCCAAUUUGAAGAAAACAGCCUCCAUGGAUGUGGGUCAAGUCAGUUUCCACAAUCCAAAGAUGGUUCGGACAGUUAGAGUGGAGAAGCGGAUCAAUGAAAUAGUUAACAGAUUGAACAAAACAAAAGUUGAAAGAAAACCUGAUUUGAAAGCCGAGAGAGAGGCAGUGGGUGCUGCAGAGAGGGCUGAGAGGAAGCAACAGCUGAGGGAGAAGAAAAAGCGUGAAGAUAUGGAGAGGCUUGAGAAGGAAAAGCAAGCCGAGAUAAGGAGUUACAAAGGCUUGAUGGUAUCGGAGAAAAUGACAUCAAACAAAGACAUAGCUUCAAGCAACAAAUCACUUCAAGAACUCGAAGACGACUUCAUGUAAGGGCGAAGAUACGGGAAAAAAAAAGGAGAAAGAUAGAAGAAAAAACAGCCCGGGGUUCGACAUUUUACCAGAGGUUAUCAUCCAAGCUAUUGAAAGGCAAUGUGUUCCCUAGCAAGAAUUAUGUGAUUGCCCGGUUUGAUGUUUGUUUCAAAGUGUUGGAGACAAAACCCUAAUCCGGUUCUUGGGGUUCUAGCCAUGGAAGUGGUUCAGAUGCUUAAAAUCUUGUGAAAAGAGAGGAGCAUGAAUGUAACAGACAAAGGCUUGCCCAGUGAUAUUUGGUAGUGUUGUUCAUGGUUUCUGUCUGUGCAUGUUAAUAAUCUCUGUUUGUUCUACCUUAUACUUUUA